AUGCCAGAGACGAAGUUGGUACCCCAUGUCACCUUGCUAUUUGUAGAUCCAUUCCCCGUACUUGUGAACAAUACGUGUACGCAGAUUUACAACUGUCUGUCAAGGUUCUGUACCACUGCCUAUGAUCAGAAAUGCGACACGUGCGACGGUGAUUAUGGCGCAUCUCAUGGUUACGCCUACAAGAAGUCAUACGACCAGAGACAAUGCAUCAAGCAAUGUUCUUGGAGGACAGACAGCAAUGCCUGCUACCCGGGGUCUUGCACGAAUGGAGCUUGUUCUUGUACCACUGGGUUCUACGGAACUGACUGCAGAUCAAUGGGCACAAGUCAAGCACCUGUACUGUCAGAGCAUCGUGCAACCCUAAGGAAGGGCACCACUACCUUAGAAUCACCGACCAUCCAGGGCAGUACGGAUACCGUCUAUACGAACGUCAGAGACUUCGUUGAACUACAGAUUGUAUCGAAAAGCUCCUACCAACCCACCCAUCUUCCGCCUCUAACACAGACUAGCCAUCCGUACAUCGGAAGUGUUAGACUUGGUGUCGUCACAGCAACCAUUACUGCAGUCGUAGACCGAGUUGAAGACAGCACACUAUCAAUAGCGACAGCGGCAAACUGCUUAGCUUCCGGGUCUCGUGACAAUCCUGCGACUGCCUUAGUUGUAUGUGAUCGUACUUUCCCCAUAUCAUGGACGGUAACCAGUGGAGACAUACUACGGUGCACCGUUACAUCAGUCAGUGGAGGAAACAUGAAACUAUAUGAUAGGGAUAACUCAAACAGAAUCGUUACCCGAUACUACCAGGGCAGUACGACGUCAGGGUACUCAACUUUCAUCUUUGACUUUGAUGACCCCUACCACUGUGUGGAUGUCAUCAGCGGAUGCCGAAGUACUAUGUUGCAUGCAGGUGAUGACGCCACUUCACAGGGAACGAUUACUGUCACGUGGGAUGGAUGGGUCGACGACCUUUCUGGUAUCAAAGAGUUUGACCUACAAGUGAGACAACUGUCAGGAAGCCAUGGUGACCAGAUGACCGAAAUCUUAGACAGCCCUGCUGUAUAUUCCGAUACCGCUGAAUCUGGACAGGAGAUCACCCUACCUCAUAUUGGUGUCUACUCUGUCGUCCUGACAGUGGUUGACAGUGCUGACAACUCUCGGCUGAGUAGACGUUUCGUCUUCUUUGAUGAUGAUCCGAAUGACGUCACCAUACAGGACACAUACCCACUUCGUGUUCUGUCUGCGACCACAGAAACCAACUAUGAGUGGAUUACCACACUAGACACGACUGGGGGAACUACCUCGGUGCAUCUGGACUGGAUGAACCGUUUUGCUAACUUACAUCACUAUAACCAGGGGUUGUUGAAAUCAAUUGGUGAAUGGGUCAGUGGUAGUAUUGACGUCGAUUAUGACCAGUUUUUUGGGACGCGAGGCCGCGCAGCCAUCCCGAAUGCUCUCGGCAUUACACAGUUCCGAGUCUUUCACGACAUUGACCAUCGGGGUGGCAGGUCAAUCGUCAACGCGUCAGACGACAAUUCGGAUCACUGGAGUAAUGAAGCGUCGAACACACAGGCAACUUACGACCUGACCUUGGUAGACGGCGAUUCCAUUCGCUUUUGGGUAGAGGCUCGAGAUAUCGCCGGUCACUUCGUGAGGGACAGUGUAUUAGUUCAUGCUGAUUCUUCACCACCAAUCAUUGAAGAUUUCUGGCUGGUUCGGGGCAAGGAUGUAAAUAUAUCCGUACAUAAUUCAGUCGACUUGCACGAUUUAAGUGUUGAGUUUAGGACCUACGACAUACACAGUGGGGUUCGAACCAUCGAGUGGCGUCUGUUUGACAACCACACUGGGAGCGAGGUUGAACGCGGGAGUCAGACAGUUGCUGCAGUCAAGGUUGACCAGGACGACUGUGAUCCAGUAACGUGUAUGUGUGUCCCUAUCGGUGACUGCUACAAUGUAGACUACGGGUUCAAACCCACAUUCCACAUUGGUGUUCAUGACUUUGACUAUUACAUUAGGCUGACGGUUACCAAUCAUGCUAGACAGGUGACAUCGCAAUUACUGAAGAUUACUGUGGAUGAAUCGCCCCCUCAAGCUGGUGUGGUGCAUGAUGGGAUGCGUGGGUCAGGUGAGGUCGACUUUCAAGAGGGCAAUGACCUCGCUGCGCACUGGGAAGGAUUCUUUGACAGGGAGAGUGGGGUCAAGUUUUAUGAGUAUCUUUAUGACGUCACAUGCUGGGGUGAAGCUGACACGAUACCCUCCAUCAAAGACAAUAUGACAAGAACUACCGUCACACAUGCAAGUUGGACAGCGCCCUCACCAGGCAUGUACUUCAUCACAGUUAUCGCCUACAACCGUGCCUUAGAGCUGUCUGUUCCUAUCUGUUCUGACGGUGUCAUGAUCGACACUAGCCCACCAGAGUUGUCUAAUAUAUCAAUCAGUGAUGUUCGAAUGAGGCCCGGUCUUGCCAAGGAUAGCGAGGGACGUGUGUGGUUCAUCAAUGAACAUCGAAAGAAGACUGAGCUACUAAACGUGUCUGAUGUCUGCAGGUCUAAAGCAACCGUAGUGAGCGAUAUAACGCUGUACCCAGGCCAAGAAAUCCUAAAUGAUUCAGUCUCGGUUAUUGGAGAAGACAUUAAUUGUCAGUGGACGUCUGGCAUUCAAGUGAAGUUCUUUCUUCCUACACACAAACAUAUUUUCUUUUCUUGGUCCGGGAGUGACGCAGAGAGCUCCAUUUACGACUACGAGAUCGGUCUGAGCAGUGACCCAUCCAAUCCGAACCCUGACCUUGUGGCCUUCAUGUCAGCAUCCGGUCGUGAUCGUUUCGUGAUGUAUCAUCCCCACAUCAGCCAGGGAAAUGUUUUCUUUCUGGUCGUGAAAGCUGUCAAUAAAGCACAGUUGGCUUGUUCCAGUUUUGUUGGACCUAUUAUCGUGGACACCACGCGACCCAUGUUUGUUGGCCAUAUUCUGGUCCAUUUAGACGGCGAGUAUUUGGUGACUGAAUGGGGUGACGACGACUUCACGGACGAUGAAGAUGCAGAACUUGCAUAUCAAGUUGGCAUUGGACAAACGAGAGGUGGCACGAACACCGUUUCAUUUCGCUCCAAAAACAAAUACGUCAUCGGUCCGUGUGAAUCCCAAACCUUCUGUGCGGCCUUCCUAUUGGAUGAUCUAAGCUGGUAUCUCCAUGGUGAUCAUGAAUAUUACAUCUCAGUCAAAGCUAAGAAUGGUGCCGGACUAUCGACAGUAGGAACCUCGUCUGUGUACAGGCAUAUUGCGCAACUGCCGUCACAUGGGGUCGUGCUGGAUGUGUCACCAACUGGGGAAGAGGUUGUAACCGACUUUGGGAUUAUUCAGGACGCCGAUGUACAGAUCGAUCAGUCAAGAAUCUCCGCUCAGUGGUACGGAUUUGAACAUCCUCAUAUUGAUAUCAAUUAUGAAGUAGCCGUAGGAACAGGUGGAAAUGGUUCAUACGACGUCAGCAAUGGCUUCAUCGACGUCCGCAAUGCCACGUCCUACCACUUACACGGACUUGAUUUAACACCGUUCAUGACUUAUUACUUUACUGUCCGGGCAACAUCUGAAACUGGAAGCGUCAUCGUGACGUCAGACGGUAUCAAGGUCAUCCCAGAGGGACAAAUACUAGAAGGGGCAUUUAUUAAAGAUGGACUCGGAUGUGAUCCUGAUAACAUAACCACGCCUACCGGGUUAUCCCAUCACUCAACCGCCCCAUCUCAACCCUGUGAGGAUGACGUCACAUACCAGCUCUCUACGUCUGGUAUCUCCGCCCGAUGGAGCAUCCCGGUGAUGUUACAGCCCUUUGUAACCAAUGUCUUAUGGGCAGUGGAACAGGAGAUUUUUACUUACAAUGAUGUGGGCAAUAGCUCAUCUGAGUGGGUCACAUUAUUGGACUAUCGAGAUCUAGGAAUGGCCUUCAAUCAUUUGGAUGCAAGCCUAGGGUUACAUGACGGAGCACAUCUGAGGUCUAAGGCUAAAUUCUGUCACGGAAGUGUCUGCUUUAAGCCUGUAAUAAGUGAUGGGUUCUGGGUACUCUCCAAGCCUCCAUUGGUAGGUGACGUCACAAUCACUAAUAUUGAGACAGAUUCAACAAGUACAAAUCUCCACGUGGCCUUCCAGACAUUUGAGCAUGCAUACAUAGACAGUGAUAGAAAGUUGGAGUGGAUGGACUUCUAUGAGUGGACUAUUACUGAGGAUGGGGAACACAGUGCCGUGUUGAGUGAAUGGAAACGCAUUGAUGAUUUGAACAUCAUUGGUGAGACGGCCAACUUUACUGCAUCGUUUGAAGGACAUCUCGACCAUCACACCUGUCUUCGUAUGGCUGUGAGGGGCUACAAUAAAGCUGGACUUUCCUCCAUAGUGAGCACGGAGGUUGUGGAUUGUGAUGAUAAGACGGUUACUAAACCGCAUGUUGUCAUCGACUCAGACCAUGAAGUAGCAUUAGAGCAGAAUGCUCUGUGGCUUGAAGCCGAUAAGAACUACAUCUCAUCAACAACCGUCCUCUCAGCAGUCUGGCCUUCAUUACGUCACAGGCACUACGUCUGGGCAGCAGUAAAAGACACAGGAUCUGCCGGAUUUGGUGACUUAGACAAUGGAUUGAACUAUCCAUGUGAACAUCCAUUGGCAAAGGCUUGUGGAAACACUGAUAAAGAGUUUGUGAACGCCCAUGGUUUAUCACUCGAGCACGGCGAACGGUACCGCAUCUGCAUCCACGCUGAUGAAGUUACACUAGAGAAUGAAAGAUGGACGAAAACUCUGCCGUCAGUGUCCAGCUGUAGCGACGGUGUGGUCGUUGAUACGACACCGCCGACACCCGGAUCUGUCUGGAUCGGCUGGAGCAAUAAAAACAAAUAUCAGAGUUCGACUUCAAUGCUGGUUUUACAAUGGGAGUCUUUUAGUGAUGUUGAGGAACACGGCUUGGUACGUCAUCACUCUGGAAUCAAAUACUACGAGUAUGCAAUCGGAUCAAUGCCAGGUGGAAGCGAUGUACAGGAUUUCACCCGUGUCGGUAUCGCCAACAGCAUCAUCUUACAUAACUUGAGGUUACAACAUGGGCACAGAUACUUUGCAGUCAUUAGAGCCACUGAUUUUGUUGGUUUGUCUACAACAUCAAUUUCUGACGCAAUUAUGAUAGACACAACACCACCGACCGUGAGCGAUGUCUACACAUUGGACGUUGGGGGCAGCUUCCUUGUGUCCACAAAAUCCGUCUCACCAAGUUGGGAGAAUGUUUUUACUGACCAGGAAAGUGGAAUCGCAUACUAUGAGUGGGCAGUGGGUUCACAUCCGGGUCAUUCUGACGUCAUACCAUUCACCAGAGAGGACUCAGAGUUUGGAGUCAGUGACCCUUCACAACAUUUGACCCUUCAUGAAGGUCACUCGUAUUUCAUUUCAAUUAAGGCCAUCAACCAUGUUGGGUUGAUCACGUUAAAGUCGUUCGGUGCCUUCAAGGUAGACGAGAGCCCUCCAGUGGCCGGUCACGUCUUUGAUGGAGAUCGCUCUCUCGCAUCAUUCAAUCACAGAGAUCGAGACUUCCAGGAGGACCGGAAAUCGAUAAGUGCAUUCUGGGAAGGGUUUCAUGAUCCCGCUAGCGCCCUCAUUGGUUAUUCAUGGAAAGCAGGGACGUGUAAAGGCUGCAGUGACGUCAUACCUGAGCAGCAUAUAGGCAUGGAAACUGAAUGUCAAGCUGACAACCUGAACCUUGUUCCUGGUUUAACAUACUAUGUAACUGUGACGGCCUGUAACGCUGCUGACCUGUGUACUUCAGUGACAUCUGAUGGGGUCCUGAUUGAUGAUUCACCCCCGUUGGUAGGUCGUGUCUAUGAUGGGAGCCCCGGUAAUGGCGAUAUCAGCUUUCAGUCGUCAAGGAGGCAGCUCUCUGCACAUUGGUGGGGCUUCCAUGAUCCCCAUUCUAGCCUAUCACACUAUGAAUGGCGAGCUGGUACCACACCAGGCUCGGCUGAUAUCCUUUCAUCAACACGUAUUGAGCUGUCACAAUCUGCUCUGAUGUUCCUAUCAGAGUCAGAUCAGAUGCUAGACAACACUGAUAUCUACAUCACAGUCCGUGCUUAUAAUGGGCUUGGUAGGUGGAGUGAAUCUACAUCCAAUGGGUUCCGUGUAGAUUCAAGCCCACCUCGAGUGAUUCAGGAACCAACCAUUGACGGAACAGUCGGAGUAGUUAUCACAAACACUCAGGUUCUCUGUGACGUCAUUCGAUUCUCCUGGAAGUUCGAUGACCCGGAGAGUGGCAUAAAGGAACAGUAUGUGUCAGUGAGCACACAUCAUAAUGGAGAUUUUAAUAUUCCAACUUUUCAGAUUGCUGGAAGCGAGGUAGACCACACCUUUACCAAUUUGACCAUGCAUGAAGGAAGUCACUACGUCAUCACAGUGGUAGCAUGCAAUCAUGCCGGACUCUGUACAGAAGCAAAGUCAGCAGAAUUUCUUGUUGAUGGUAGCUCCCCGACUGUAGGGACGUUUGCAGUUGAGACAGAGAGUGCUGCUAAGCUGGAACGUCAUCAUAUAAUUUGGAUAACUCCAUCGGAACCAGGCCUGGUAUCGACUACUUCACCCGGAAACAUCUACAACAAAACGUCAACGGAGUCUAUCAAUUCCACCAGCGAGUCAUCAAAUGCCACUUUCGAGUCAUCAAAUUGCAACACCGAGUCUGCAAAUUCCAGCACCGACUCAUUGAACUCGACCACCGAGUCGUCGAAUUGCACUAUUGGGUCAUCGUAUUGCACUAUUGAGUCAUCGAAUUGCACUAUUGAGUCAUCGAAUUGCACUGUCGAGUCGUCGAAUUGCAGUAUCGAGUCAUCCAAUUGCACCACCGUCUCUUUAAAUUCCACUAUCAAGUCAUCGAAUUGCAAUAUCGAGUCGUCGAAUUGCUGUCUCGAAAUAUCGAGUUGCACUAUCGAGUCAUCGAAUUGCACCACCGACUCAUUACAUUCCACUUGUGAGUCAUCGAAUUUUACUAUCGAGUCAUCUAAUUGCAAUAUCAAGUCAUUGAAUUGCACAACCGAGUCACCGGAUCGCACUAUCGAGUCAUUAAAAUGCACCAUGAAGUCAUCACAUUACACCACCGAGUCAUCAAAUUGCACCAUCGAUUCAUCAAAUUGCACCAUCGAGUCAUCAAAUUACACCAUCGAGUCAUCAAAUUGCACCGAGUCAUCGAAUUGCGCCAUCGAUUCAUUAAAGUGCACCAUCGAGUCAUCAAAUUGCACUAUCAAGUCGUUAAAAUGCACAAUCGAGUCAUCGAAAUGCAUCACCGAUUCAGCACGUGCCACUACUGAGCCAAUGACGACCCCACGAUAUCACUCUGGUUGGAUGACAUGGUUAGAGGACUCGUUAACAUCAAAUGGAUCCCUUGCCCUUGCUUGGAUUGGGUUUGCUGACUUACACUCCGGCAUCAGUCAUUACUUUAUCGCUGUGGGACGAACGUACGGAGGCUCAGAACUCACACCGAGUGGACCAGUUCGUGUGAACCACAGCAGUAAUGGCAUGUCAUUGGACGCGGGCGUUACACAGACGGCAAUUUUACCAGUAGAGGGCAGUAUAACUGGUUCGUACAAUCACUACCUUUUUGUUUCUCUGUGGGCUGUAAACGGGGUUGGACUGCCAAGCAGUCGCCACCAUUCCACAUUUGAAGUUUCUGAAACAUCACCCGAUGAGGGCGCACUGGUCCUGUUACGUCGAUGCCAAUCUGCAACAUGUGAGGGUCACUGCACUUGUGGACCCAUCCAUGGAGCCUGUUCUACAAAACAAGGACAAUGUAGUGAUUUGACAAGAGACAACCCAAACACCGAGAUAGAGGUCCUGGAUGUAGUUGAUUUGAACUUUGACGUCAUCAAUAACUUAACUGAUAUUAACGUCACCGUGACGCAGUAUAUGAUGGCUGCUGCAUGGCGGGUCAGUCAGCACAAAGGACUGAAUAUCAGUUGGUAUGAAUGGAGUAUUGGGGACGACUCGUCAACAGAUGUUGAACCUACAGGGGUAUUCGAUUCAGCCAAUGAAAGGGUUUGGUUUGACAUUGGACAGGAAAAUCAUACCAUCGUCACACUCGAUAAAGACCGAAUGCUUACGACUGGAUUGAGGUAUCAUUUUUAUAUCCGGGCCUGGUACAGUGACACCUCGUACGCCGUGUUUAGAUCAGAUGGUGUUACGCCAGAUAUCAAGGCUCCAGAAUUCUCGACACUCAGAGGAACAAAGAUAAAGGAUCUAGCAACCGAUGAAUCUACGGAGGAUACCGACUAUCUCAACGAUCCUGAGACUCUGUACGUCUCUUGGGAGGGAGUGUUUCGAGACGACGAGAUAUCACACUAUGAGGUAUCACUCAGCACAUUCAAAGCAGGAGAAGAUGUCCGUCACUUUGUCGACACUAUCUUAAUAGCGAGUGAAUCGAGGACACGGUUCACUGGCCUUGGUCUACAAAGUGGGCACCGUUACUAUAGCAACGUACGGGCAAUCAACAAAGCAGGUCUGCGCACACUCAGAAGCAGUGAUGGCUUUGUGGUUGAUCGGAGACAACCGGAUGCUGGACUGGUGUUUGACGGGAUAGAUCUGCAUGAUGUAGAGUACCAGAACUCGAGUACAUUGAUCUCAGCCUCAUGGCACGGCUUUACAGACCUGGAGUCCUACAUUGACCACUAUGAGUGGUGUGUUGGACGAACUCCUGACUCUACUGAUGAUAGUGUCCUCCAAUGUACCGAUGUUGGGAUGCAGUUAUCGGCAUCGAAGACGCUUGAAGUUCCUCUCACAGGAGGUAUUAGGUAUUAUUCCAUAGUGUCAGCCAUUGACGCAGCUGGUAGAGCGUCAGAGCAAGUCUUCUCUGAUGGGGUUGUGAUUGACGUCACUCCUCCAGAGCCGCAGAACUGCAUCCAGUCUGGAGAUAAUCUCAUCGUAAAUCCAUCAUUUGAAGGACGAAAUGAACCAGGUAUUGGGUCAACCAAAAGUUCAUUACAAAUUACCGAGUAAUUUAUCAAUGCCGAGUUAACUGACAAAUCGUCACCUGCUUCGUUGACAGAAUCUCCUGUAAUUGGUUUCGCAACAAACUCUGAAGAAGACUCUGAUCCACAGGAUGAAAUAACGCCGUGGAAAGUUGGCUCCGGCACCCAAAUCACAGUGGUCACUCAUGGGAAGAAGGUUGCUCGUGACGGACGUUCCUUCUUAUCGUUACACGGAUCGAUCUCACAAACUUUCAACUCGACCCCUGGAAGCCACUACCGUGUUCUCUUCUUCACUAGUCAAGUUGUCCCGUCUUAUGAGCCUCUGUUAAACCAAGAAGGUCGCAUUGAAGCACCAGGAUUAAACCGUGUCUUCAGGUUGUACAAUCGCCCAGCUGGUAGUCACUCUAAUCAGAGUCUGGCAUCCAUAAAAUGGCAUGAACAGAGGUUUUAUUUCACAGCCAGCGAAGCUCUCUCAAGGUUGAGAAUAUCAUCAGUGGGGCGAUCGAAUGGAAUUCUACUUGACAAUAUUCAGGUGACACUAUUAACCACUGAGCCGAGCACUGGUCAGGGAUCAGUCGAUGUCCAUACACAGUUUAUCCACAAUUGGUCAUCACUCCAGGCCAAGUGGCAUUUCAUUGAUCCUGAGAGUCCAAUCAUUGACUACAAUUGGGCCAUCGGAACCAGUUCGGGUGGUACUCAGUUGCAGAACUUUAAGUCCGUUGGGACCCAAACAGACGCCAUUAAUACUGAAUUAAGAAUGUAUCAUGGUUCCAAUAUCUACGUCACGGUGACGGCAAAGAAUGCUGCUGACCUCACUUCCUUCAUGACCUCUGACCCUAUCCUAAUUGACCUGACAGCUCCAAUCAUUUUAUCGGUACUUGAAGGCCCAGGUGACGAUGAUAUUGACUUCAGUUCAAAUGACAAAUGUAUCUCUUUAAGGUGGUCUGUGUCUGACCCAGAAAGCGGAAUCGAUUACUGCGAAUGGGCCAUUGGUUCAGAACCAGGAUUUGAUGACGUCAUACCCAGCACACUUUCACCCGAUUCAGAGUCAAAGGUCAUUGCAGAUCUCUCUGGUGUCAUGGUCGAAGGUCAGAAACUAUUUUUGACGGUUAAAUGCUUCAACAAUGCCGGGAGGUCAUCGUGGAAAUCAUCUGACGGCAUUACCAUAAUAACAGAGCCACCAAGUUCACUGGCAGCCGUCGUCAAAGUAAAAGCUGUGUCUGACACAGCGUAUGCAACGCUUGACGGGUACCAGUCACAGAAUAGUUCCCUCACAGCAUCAUGGGAAGGAUUCACGGACCCGUUUGGCAUCCAAUUUUACCAGUGCCGUCUCACUGGACCAAGUUACUCUACAUCUCCUUGGACACGAUGUGGCUCCGCAUCGGAAGAGCAUCUGAAUUGGUCAGAUCUUACCCUUGAGGAUGACGCAACAUAUAGCCUGUCUGUCAGAGCUGUCAAUCAUGCGGAUUUGAUCAGCCAGGCUAUCACUCAGAAUUUCACUGUUGAGACCUCAAGACCUACCAGCCAGGAUUCGAAGCUUCUUACAUCUGCAUGGCAUGGGAACGGCACUGUGGAUUUUAGUUGGGACGAAUUAUUCGUCUCCUCCUCUCCAAUGUUCUUUGAAGCCUCUCUCGGUACCAUCUUAGGCGGAAGUGACGUCAUGCAGUGGAUAGAGACCAUGCAUACUGGUAUGCGUGUAUCACCGCUGGUUCCGCAUACAGACUACUACAUAACAGUCACGGCUAUCAACGCAGCAGGGUUGGCGCAGACAGUUAAGAAGGUUGUUUACUAUGAAAAAUAAAUCAAAAUAAUAGCCUAAUAAGUUUUUAACUGAAAUAUCUUUUGUCAUGUUUUAUGUUAUUAAGUGAACCUAAGUAAUAGUUUUGCAAGCAAAGUGCACAAUCCGAACUUGCCAUUUUCUGGUUUAGCUUACUACAAAAAGUGGAAUUGUCUCCAUAGUUUUUUUCAUUGACGGAGAUGAUGUGAACUUUUCGGAUAGCCGUCUACAAUUCUGAAGCUUCGGCAAGAUAGUUGGAACCCCAAAAGCGCAGUUUUAAACUUGUGCGAGAAGCUACUGGACGCUCAAAUUAAUUUGUUGGACAUCAGUAGUGCAGUGUAGUGAAGGUGAGCCGGCCAAAGGUUUUGGGUGUUUUAACAGAAAUGUAUUUAUGAAUGGGAAUAAAAUCUGGUGACUCAGUCUUAAACGGUUGGAUAAAAAUUUACUGGGUCUUGCCUAAUUUUAAUGCGCCAAGUCACAACACUUUAAUUAUUUAAAGUUUUUUGUGUACUCAGAUAAUUAUUGUCAUUAUCUAUAAUUAGAAGUUAAAAGGGAUUAUGAAUAAAGCAUUGUAAUAACAAUA